CAUGAACAGUUUUGUAAAUGAUAUUUUUGAAAGAAUCGCUGCUGAAGCUUCCCGUUUAGCUCAUUAUAAUAAACGUUCUACAAUUACAAGCAGAGAAAUUCAAACCGCCGUACGUUUAUUACUUCCUGGAGAAUUAGCUAAACACGCUGUCAGUGAAGGUACCAAAGCUGUUACUAAAUACACAAGUUCUAAGUAAUCAGAACGCUUCAUCUAUUAAUUAUAACAAACGGUUCUUUUCAGAACCACAA